AUGUUGCUGGAGUCGCGAGGAAUUGCUGCAAGGAAGAGAAACGGACUGACCCUGACUACCUACGGCGGGGUGGGUCCUGCCAGCGAGGAGGACGAGGAGGACUCAUCACAGUCACUUCUCGGGGGUGGCGCCGACGGCGGGAGAAUGCCGCGAUGCGGCGAACCCGAGACAACUCCUGUCUCUGUGACACCUGGAGUCAUUCCUGACAGAUGUUCUGCGAGAGAUGACGGUCCUGAAGGCGAUGACAGCUCCAGGUCGCCGAACAGUAGCCUCCUUAAUAAUUUGAAUAACAACAACAGCAGUAGCAGCAGUAAUUGUAAUUCCAACCGGCAAUGUGCCACAGACUUCAGCAUUGCUGCCAUUAUGGCACGGGAUUCACGUCAACAACAACAGCAAGCUCAUCAGCAUCAACAGCAGUCCAAUAGGCAUCUUCAACAAUCUAUUGGCGGGAAGCUUCACCAGUUUGAAAGAGAGGCAAGUGGAUCAGGAGUAAGCAGGAUACCACCAGCAUCUCAAGACUCAGUGGACAUAGACGACGAAAUAGAAGCUGAUGAUACCGGAAGCACCAGUGGAAAAGCGCCAUCCCCUUCAAAUCCUCUCCUUCAGGAGCAUUCUAAUUGCGAGGAGUUAAGGCACGUCGUCUGCCACCUGGAGACAAAAGAACUCUGGGACAAGUUCAACGAAUUGGGCACCGAAAUGAUAAUCACAAAAACCGGAAGGAGGAUGUUUCCGACCUGUCGAGUGUCUUUCAACGGACUAAGACCUGACGGUCGGUAUGCUGUGUUGAUGGACAUUGUACCGGUUGAUAAAAAAAGGUAUAGAUACGCCUACCACAGGAGCUCGUGGCUGGUGGCUGGAAAAGCAGAUCCUCCAGCGCCGGCGAGGCUCUAUGUUCAUCCCGACUCGCCCUUCACGGGAGAACAAUUGAGGAAGCAGAUUGUUUCUUUUGAAAAAGUUAAGCUUACUAACAAUGAAAUGGACCGACAUGGACAUCUGGUAUUAAAUUCAAUGCACAAGUACCAGCCGCGAAUCCACCUGGUGAAGCGACCGGACUCAGGUGCCAAGGACCCAAUAGAGGAUCUUGAACGUGAGCCACACAAGACCUUCGUAUUCCCGGAGGCCAUUUUCACCGCCGUCACCGCCUAUCAGAAUCAGCUCAAUGGUAGCAUCUUGGGUGGUCUGAUGCACAUCACGACUAAUGUUGCAUUCUCGGCGACCACGGGUGGUCUUACUUCCUCUCACGACGUGUUUCGUGACGUUUAUACGACGACAACAGCCCUAGCUGUUGAUGAUGAUGAUGAGGUGCGAAGAGAUGCCCCAGCAAUUACCCAGGUUACAAUUACAAAGGAAAGAAAAAGCAACUGA